AUGUUAGUUCUAUAUUACUCGGCCAGCACUCUCCUGAGUCUUCCACAGAUCCGAUCUCUAUGGCAAAUUCCAGAUGCAACGAACGCAUGUCGCAUCCUGUGCAUUAUGAUCCUCAUUCUCAACUUUGGGAUGUUGGUCGCAGAGUCAAUUCACAAGCUGAACCUCCUAAAUCCCAAUCACCAAAGGAAAUCAGCCAAGGAAGCCAGUUACGGUUUUUGGGGCCAAAGCUUGUUCCUUUGGACACUGGCAUUGUUCCAGACUGGCUAUUCCAAAGCCUUGACCAUCGAGGAUAUCCCUGAAGUAGAUGUGGAUCAACAAGCACAGCGCACAGAGGAGGUGUUGCAAAUAGCGUGGAAGGCAACAAAAGGCCGCCAUCGGUUGAUGAAAUCAGUAUUCUCUGCGUACCGCUGGGCCCUUAUAUUUGGGGUAGUGCCCCGUCUAUGCUUGGCCGUGUUCACCUUUUGCCAACCUUUCCUCAUCAGCGCUACAGUGAACUACAUGAACGAAGACACAACAGUCGACACUAAACAACGCGGCCAGGGUAUCAUCGGAGCUUAUGUUUUAGUUUACUUGGGUAUAGCCGUCUCUAACUCGGUCUACAAGCGACAGCUCAAUCGAUUCAGUACCAUGACUCGAUCCGGGUUGAUUUCUCUGAUAUUUACACAAACUACUCAACUCAAGGCUAGUGAUGUUGUUGAUUCAGCGGCUCUCACCCACAUGGGGACAGACACCGAAAGGAUUGUGUCAAAUCUCAGAAGCAUGCAUGAGAUCUGGGCAACAGUCCUAGAAUUAGGAGUCGCUGUCUGGCUUCUAGAAAGGCAGAUUGAUGUAUCCUGUGUGGUUCCUGGUGUUAUUACAAUAGGCUCAGUGUUGGCAGUAGCUCCACUCUCGAGCAGAAUGGGACAGGCUCAAGGCCAGUGGGUGGAGAGGGUCCAGAGCCGAAUAUCCAUGACUUCCAACUUGCUACGAGACAUCAAAUCCGUCAAAAUGCUGGGGCUCUCUGGUGUGAUGUACAGAACCAUCACGAAGCUACGAGAGGCAGAGUUGAAAAUUUCAGAGAGGUUCCGAAAGUUGUUGAUAGGAGAAAUUGCUCUGUCAGCCGUGAGCAAAGACAAGACUCUGCUGUCAAGUCAGGCCUUUACUUCGCUUUCGCUGAUCACAUUAGUGACUAAUCCACUUCUCAAAUUCAUUCAAUCAGUCCCUUCACUGAAAGAAGCGAUGGCAUGUUUUGAUCGCAUUGAAGACUACGUUCUGAAGCCCGUUGCCCAUUCGAGACAUAUCGGCAGCUUUUCGAACGACUCCAAUCGAGACGCUAUUGAGUUGGUUGUCAAUACCCCCAAACCGAAUGAUGGAACCGUGAUUGCCUUUGAGAACGCCGAUAUUGCAUGGUCCAAGGAGGGCGAUCAUCAUCUUCACGACAUCAACCUAUCAGUCAGGAAAGGUGGAAUUACUAUGAUCAUCGGGCCAGUUGCGUCAGGAAAGUCCACAAUUUUGCAAACCGUCCUUCACGAGACCGUAGUAAAAGCUGGCGAGGCCAAGGUCACGACCUCCGUGUCUCAAAUCGCCUAUUGCGCGCAAGUGCCUUGGAUUAUAAACGCCAGUAUCCGCGAGAAUAUCAUUCUCGGAUCUGAGUACAAUUCUGAAUGGUAUGAGUUUUCAACCUCGGUAUGCGGUUUGAAAGCGGAUUUGCAAAAAAUGUCCGGUGGUGAUUCGUUCGAGGCAGGGAGCAAUGGAGUCUGCCUCAGCGGGGGGCAGAAACAACGAAUUGCUCUCUGUCGCGCGAUAUAUUCAAGAGCAAAGCUUCUUGUUCUCGAUGACAUCUUCAGUGGAGUGGACGCUCAUAAUGUCAGCCUGAUCUCGAAUGGGCUCUUCAGUCAAGGUGAGCCAUUGCUGCAGUUCGCGGAUCAAAUUAUUGUCCUUGAAAACGGAAGAGUUAUCGACACUGGAUCUUAUGAGUCCAUAAUUCGCCGAGAGCCGGAAAUAUCUGCCAAAGCUUGGACAAAUGCGAAAGGAAUUGUGGAGGAAGAUGGUUCCGCAGAGCAAGAAAGCAAAGAUCAAAAGGAGCCAAAUACGGCGCCAUCUGCUUCGCCCUCAACCCCGGGAGCUGCAGACCAUACUAAACGAAACGGCACCUGGUCUGUCUACAAAUAUUAUUAUGAAAGCGCUGGAUUCGCUCCAUUUGCUGUUUUCAUUUCCCUCACAUUGGCAGAGGCAUUAUGUAGCAACUUCACUAAAGCGAAUGAACAACGACCGAACAAAGACCUGGCCAUGUACCUUGGAGUUUAUGCUUUGCUCUGGGUUUUGGCCUUUACAACCUUGAUUGGUAGUUUGUGGGCGUUGAUCAUUUCAAUUAUCAACAAUACCGGACUGAAUCUUCAUACAUACGUUCUUCGAACAACACUACGAGCUCCAUUUAUAUUCCUCCAGACGACAGACCAUGGGAGCCUAACAAAUAGAUUCAGCCAGGAUAUGGAUCUUAUUGAUAUGGCACUUCCUCUUUAUGCAUCGAUGUUUUCCGCCGGAAUCGCAAACUGUGCUGUUCAAGUCGUCAUCUUAUGUGUCCUUAGCAAUUACCUAGCAGUUUCGAUUCCACUGCUUAUUGUCAGCUUGGUGAUUCUCCAAAGAUAUUACCUUCGCACGUCACGCCAGAUGCGGCUUUUGGAUAUCGAAGCAAAGGCUCCUCUUUACAGUCAUUUUGCUGAGUCCGUACAAGGAAUAAGCACCAUUCGCGCUUUCAAUUUCGAGUCGGAUUUCAAGCAAAAAAUGUAUCACCUGCUGAAUCGAUCGCAACGUCCGUUUUACAUGCUCUACUGCAUUCAACAGUGGCUGACCCUUGUCAUGAAUCUAACCGUUGGUGCUAUUGCUCUCAUCAUUGUAUCAAUGGCCACCUCAUUGAGAUCUCAAUAUACCGGUGUUACUAUCGGCAUCGCUCUCAAUCUUGUUCUUUCUCUGAAUGAUAGCCUUUCCAAUACUCUUCAAUGUUGGGUCAGUCUUGAGACUUGCAUUGGUGCUGUCUCACGAGUGCAACAAUUCACUCAGGAUACCCCAUGUGACACAGAAAACGAUUUGGAUGACUCCCAUUUCAUUGGAUCUUCAGUUUACUCCGACACCAAAUAUACCUUGAAAUUUGAGGAAUUGACCGCAGGAUAUGACCUCAGCAGCCCACCGGCCUUGAGAAACAUUUCUAUCACAUUUGCGCCAGGCAAGAAGAUCGCUAUCUGCGGUGCAUCCGGUAGUGGGAAAACAUCACUAAUCAUGUCAAUUUUGCGUAUGAAUCAAAUUCGCUCUGGAAGUCUACGCAUCAACGGACGAGACCUUGCCGGAUUCACGCACCAGGAAAUCCACGCUCUGAUGAACGUCAUUCCUCAAGACCCUCUGAUCAUAUCGCCCGGCACAGUGCGAUUUAACAUCGACCCUCUCAAUCUGGCCUCCGAUAAAGAUAUCGAAUCUGCUUUGCAGAAAGUCGGCCUCUGGAACCGAAUCAACGCCAAUGGGAGCGAUAAUGAUGGCGAGACUGGUACUUCAAAUAUUUUGAGUGCGGAUUUAUCAACAGCAUCAACGAAUUGGUCUGCAGGAGAAAAACAACUUUUUGCGCUAGCACGCCCACUCGCGGUGCCAAAGCCCAUCUUGAUUCUAGACGAAGCGACGAGUAGUAUGGAUGUGGAGACAGAAUCGAUCAUGCAGCAACUUCUCCAAAAUGAAUUUAGAGAGCAGACAGUUGUGGCUGUGUUGCAUCGGUUUAAAUACAUUCAUCUGUUUGACCUCGUUGCUGUUUUGAAGGACGGGGUGUUGGUGGAGUGCGAUAAACCCGAGACCUUGUUAGGCCAGGAUAGUGACUUUCGGAGAUUAUAUGGUGCUCUUGACAACAUCUUUGAAUGCUGA